UCACCCCCUGGAACUGAGCCAAGAUUAAUGAAGAAAUUCUGUGAUUGUGGAAAACUCGCGAGAGCCCAUAGGGAGUAACGUCACUUCAUCAUGGCAGGCAAUAAGUUGGCAUUAGAGGGAAAAAUAAGUAUAAUAAGCUUUCUUUUAGGUCUUGGUGUUGUUAUAAUUCCCCUUAUUAGAACAUUCGCUGGACAUCUUGACUGGGUAUUCGACUAUCUCACUGGAGUGAGGGGGAAAAUAGCUAUUGCGGUGUACAUCGCUGUUCUCAAUGGCUUCUUGCUAAUCAUAUAUAAGGGACCUCUAUAUAAGGUUGCUGUGCGAGCCUGCUUCCUUGGUUUUACUUUUGGGUGUGGCUUGAUCAUAAGCUUUUCUCAAACUACAUGGACACACUUUGGCUGGUACAUGUGUUCCAUGUCUUUCUUCCACUACUCUGAGUACUUGGUGACGGCCAUCAUUAACCCCCGCAGCCUGUCUCUGGACUCGUUCCUGCUCAACCACAGUGUGGAGUACACCGUGGCUGCUGUCUCCUCAUGGGUGGAGUUCACUAUAGAGAAGCUCUCUGUCCCAGAGCUGAAGCAGCUGAGCUGGCUCAGCCUGGUGGGCCUGUUGAUGGUGCUGUGUGGGGACUUCCUUCGUAAGUCUGCCAUGCUGACGGCUGGCUCUAACUUUAACCACAUCGUCCAGAACGAGAAGGCUCAGAGCCACGUGCUGGUCACCGAUGGGGUCUACGCCUUCUUCAGACACCCGUCCUACGUGGGCUGGUUCUACUGGAGCAUUGGCACACAGGUGAUGCUGUGCAACCCUGUCUGCAUCGCAGGCUAUACCAUGGCCAGCUGGCGCUUCUUCCGUGAACGGAUUGAGGAGGAGGAGGUCUCUCUCCUCCAUUUCUUUGGAGAGGACUACCUGGAAUACAAGAAGAAGGUGGGCACCGGCCUGCCCUUUAUUUCAGGCAUCCGCAUCAACAGCUCCUAGGUGUGAGAGAUGGGGUCCUGGAUGUAUGAACAUGGCAGACAGACAGGCACUGUGAGGGGCAGCCCCUGUCAGCAUACUGUGGAUUAGCACUUGUGGUCGCCCGCCCUGGGGGGGGGGGGUCUAGAGCUCACGGAGACUGACACCUAUGAGCGUGGUAAAGGGCUCCCCAAAAACCUGGGUAGACGGACUCACUCAAAAAUAAACGACACCCCCCAAUGUUGUAUAUCUAUUGCACACAUCCAACCGCCUCUUUGGUUUGGUUAGUUUGACUACUAGAGAUGUUCUUUUGUUUUUUUCCAUCUUCAUCUCCAAUGUCUCCCUUUUCUGUGUUUUCCAUAGGGAGGAGUUGAGUUUCUUCAGUGGAUGCUGAAUGGAUUUUUAGCUUGUGUUACUGAAUCAAAGUGCUGUAAUGAGCCUGGUCGAGUGUCUGCUAUUCCUUGUUUGUCUGGCUUAUCACUAAGUCAUCAUUAGUCUCUCAGCGUUUACAACAAUAGUUUUACACAAGAUUAGGGAUGCACAAUUUCAUCUGCCCCCGUACAUAUUCUUUCCCAGUAGGUAAAUCUGCGCUAAGAAGCAUUUAUUUCUGUUUGGCUGUUGUACAUUUACAAAAAUUUCCUAAAAUGGUGGCAAAGUGGUUGCUUGCAACAUGGUCUUUGCCCCAUAAGUUAAUGAACUUUUCAUAAAUUAUAAAAUGCCUUUUGAUGGUAAUCAAAUGUCAAAAUAUGCCAUGAGAAAAUAUUGGUUAUAGGUUACAGCCCAGAAUUUCUAUAAUGAUGCAUCCUUACCCAAAAUGAUUAAUUUACCGGUUCAGGGAACAAAACUGUAAAAUAACAUUUUUAAUGAACAGAAACUGAAUCGGGAACGAAAGCGAUCCAUACUGUUCCGGAACAGAACUGUUAUUUUAAAAGCAUGCAAACCGGUUAAUAAGAUUAUUUUACGUUCUAGACAUUUUUUUUCUAGUCCCACAAAAGAAACGCAACAAAGCGCAUGUGCAAAGCCCUCACUCUGUCACUCAAACUUAUUCCAGCGUCUGCCUGCAAACUGAAAAUCUUUGCCUGUGCAUGUUUAGGCUACCUGCCCCUCCCCCAUCUGAAGCAUAGGCUACUGUACUGACCUUAGAAGUGUGAGAAGAUAGGGAGAGAUCUUUUUAAUUAGCUAGAGAAGCGUGGAUCAACUUUUUCAAUGCUAGUUAAGGAUACUAWAGGCCUAGUUGAGUUUCAGAUUGGAUUUAUUAACUACAAAAAAGUAAGAUGUGUGUUUAAUUCUGGUGCUGCUCUUUACACACAAGCUUGUUAGCUAGCUAUCUCAAAGGACAUUUGAAGCCUCUCCUAGGUAUAAUUCUGUGAACCUAAUUCAGAUAAUGCAUGUCUUAGAGGGCCAGCGCUUCAAGCCUGCUCCUCAAACCUCUCGCUCUCUCCCCACCCAUAAAAUUUCAGUAGCAUCUUGCGCCAUAGCCUACACUGGUCUGUCCAUCAGGCAUGUAAACAACUAGCACGCAUGUAAACAACUAGCUUGCCUGCUCUAUCCGCACUGAUUGCUGAAGUCAUUUUAAUGAGCUAAAUGGUAAAAAAAAAAAAAWAAUUAAAAGGGUUUCACAGGUUUCAAACCGGUUCAGAACUUUAUUUUGCUGUUCGAAACAGUGGAAUAGAAUGAAAAAA